AUGAGAUGGGCCGCCACGAAGGACGCCCUGAUCGCGAGUUUCGACACCCGGGCCGACCGCCAGAGGACGUUGCAUAGCUUCGGGACGGCGCAGCUCUGCGUUGGCGUGGACUCCCUGUUGCAUGCCGCGGCCAUGCGUGCCCUGAUGGAUCGAGCGCUGCCAACUUUGAACGACGCUGCUCGUUUGGAAUCAUUCCUGGAGCGUUUUGUGAAGAUUCUGCCGGACAAUCAGCGAAAGAAGACGUGA